AUGAUCAGCCUUGUUAUCGCCUCUGCUACGAUCGCUGUGCCAAUCAAAGAUCCGCAAGUAUUCACCGACCCGGAUGUUGUUGGUUGUGUAGAAGAUAUUCUUGAUGAUUUAUGCGGCGAUGAGGAACGACCAGACAGAGGAAAAAAAGUACGAUUGCGCAAGCUGGAUAAUAAAUGUAAGCGUGGUUGGUGGAUGAUCUCAAAUGGAAAACUAAUGGAUCAGGUUCGUUCGGCCUUUCACGGACGUGGAAUACGUGAACGGGUACUGCAUCGUCUACUGGUCAAGGAUAACUUUACAUUCAACGCAAGUCCUCAUCUUGAUCGACCGCUGACAGUGGGUGAAAUUAACAGAGCGAUGAUUGCACGGCUAAACAGACUGAUUGGACUAUUUGAGCAGAAAGUUGUUGCCGCCAAUCUCCACGAUCAAAAUUUCAAGCCUGCUGCUGGUGAUGGCCGCGAAGAUGAUGCAGAUAGCGUUGACAGCGAGGACACAUGGAAUAUGGACGAUGACUAUGAGCAUCAUAUGGCUGAUGAGACUGAAAAUAGGCAGCUGCACCUCACUGAAUACCACGAAUUUAAAGCUCUGAAACAGAGAUUGCUGGAGGUCGAAAAAAAUAUUGAGCGUCGUUAUAUGAAGCAUCCUUACUAUGCUGGCUGUCAGUAUAAAAGUGCUUCGAUUACGGUUGACGAAAGUGGUAACACAGAGAGACUGCAACGUUGGCGUGAUUACGUUCAAAAUGCGGCUACUGGUGGACAAAUAAUGUUUGCACUGCAAGCACUGGAAUCGGCAGUCGCAUGGGACAAGUCAAUUAUGCGAGCGAGAUGUCAGAUAUGUCGAACGAGCGAAAACGAUCCGUAUCUUUUGAUCUGUGAUGGAUGCGAUUUGGCCUAUCAUACGUACUGCUUCCGUGUAAGUUUGAAAAAUUAUUUCAGGGAUAAUGAGUGA